UAUUACAUUAAGGAAUUCACUUUCUGACUAAUAUUCUCUCAUAUUUUAUUUUGUACGAAAGGGCCGAUGGAUGACAGAAUUCACAAUAUUCAUGACAUGGAUCUUUCAGAUCUGAGUCUUGAAACUGAUGGUGGCGUCUGUGAGUCUCUUACAGGGAUAUUCAGGCAGAUCAUAGUUCCACCUAUUUUUCUGCCUCUACAUCUGUGGAAUUCCAUUACUGGUCCAGGAUCCCCCUACUGUAGAUUCUCAAUCCUCUAAUGACCAAACAUUGGAAUCUGCACAAGCAGAUGAGUGCUCCAUCUUAUGCUUUGCAAGUCCAGAAUCCGCACAAGCGGAUCGGUGCUCUGCCUCAUGCUUUACACCUCCGGAAUCCGCACAAGCAGAUCAGUGCUUAGCCUCAUCCAAUGCAAUUCCAGAACAAAAUGCCCACGUAACAGAAAUCCCAAAAGAAGGCGAGGAUCCCCAUCAGUCUUUAAUACCUACAGUUGCCAAUCAAGCCAGUUUCUGGACUUCAUGCGGGAUUUCGGAUCCAAAUAUUCAGAAAAUGCUUCAGGAAGAUGAAGAUGGUGAUACACAGCUUCAUAUGGCUAUUAUACAAGACUUAGUUCCUGUUGCUAUCUAUAUUAUUAGGUGUCUUUCUGCUGUCAACGCCGACCUUCAAAAUAACAAUUUACAAACACCUCCUUGUUUGGCCGUCCAUACACAACAUUUAGAUGUUGUUGAGACUCUAAUUGAAUGUGGUGCGAGUUUGUCAGUUGUAGAUAAAAAUGGCAAUACACCAUUACAUAUCGCCUGCAUAUAUGGAUUUUAUGCAACUGUACCUUCUUUAUUGGAGAAUGUAGAAAGAGGAAUUGUUAAGAAGUGUAUAUCAAUCCCAAAUUAUGCAGGGCAAUCAUGCAUACAUUUAGCUGCAGAUAGAAUGCAUUUUUCCGUCAUGCGUCUUUUGCUUAGUCACGGAGCAGACGUGAAUGAAAGGGAGAAACUCUUUGGGAUGACAAUACUACACAACGCUGUAAAAACAGGCAAUAAGCAGUUGCUCAAGUACAUUCUACAUUUGCAAGGCCUCGAUUUAAACUCAGAAAUGAAUGAUGGAUAUACACCUCUUUCACUGGCUUAUGUUGAGAAUCAACCUGAUAUUGUUGGUAUGCUUAGACAAGUUGGUUGUACACUGUAAUUUACCAAAUAGCUUGAUUUUUAUUGAUAUCA